UCCUGUUGUGAAAAAAUAUUUGUUUCACGAUGAUAAUUAAUGGAAAUUUGGUAUAAAUAUUGCAUGACAACAGGAGAAUGGCGUGUAGCAUGUCAGAAGAUGUUGCCACAGGUGUCAGCCGGGAAGUUGACGAGUGGUUAUUGUCAAACAGUGAUGGAAUCCUCAUUUUGCUAGAUGUUGCUGGAGAUGAUGUGGAUAAAUGUGUAGUAAAUCUGCUGCUUGGUUCUGAGUAUGAAGUCAAACUGCAUGUGCCAUCAGGUUACCCUAACAAUGAAGACUGCUUCUUAGUGGAGUCAGAAUCAGUCAUUCAGACAUGGACCAUUGCUUUGAAUGAGUUCUUACUGGACAAGGGGAACAGGCUAAAAAUUGCAGAAGUUUUGGACAGAGCAGUGGCAUUAUUUUCUGUCAGAACCAAAAACAAGCAUGAGUCUUCAGAGGAUGAAGACAUGGAAGAGGAGGAAGAAGAGGAGACUAUGGACGAUACCCUGGACCUGGAUGACGAUGACACUUUCACCACAGCUUGGGAGUUGAAGGUGGCUCGAAAAAAGAUGAGAUGGGCCAAACAGGAGCCUAUUGUUAGAGAAAUGAUGAGGAAAAAGCGACUUGAACAAGGUUUGGAUAUGAGGAAGCAGUCGUCCCAGCAGAUAUUCACGAGUAACGCACCGUCUGGUAUCCUCACAAACGACCUUGUUAAGAUCAUGGAAUGUGAACAGGAGUGUGGUUUCUCGGCAGAGCCGAUUGAAGACAAUAUCUACCAGUGGCGUGUGAAGCUGGCACAGUUUGAGGAGGGAAGCGAUCUUGCCAAAGACCUUGCAGAAAUCAUGAGGCGACAUGGAUAUGACUAUAUCGAGAUGGAGAUGAUGUUUGAGAUAGAUCUGUUCCCAUUUUAUCCACCAUUGGUGAAAGUUUUAAGACCAAGAUUACAGGGUUGUAUGAUGCAGCGAAUCACAAACAUAGAAUUCCUCCAACUCUCGUACUGGUCCCCAACAAAGGACAUGAAGUCAGUUAUCGAGGGUAUUCGGGACUUCCUGCAGCAGUGGGCGCGUAUCGACGUGGACCACGACAGGAACGACCUCUCUCGAUGUCCAUACCUCUAUAUUGAACAUCACCUCCUUACUCUUACGCAGGUGAGUGAGAUGACACCCAGGGCUAAUGACAAGUAUCGGCUCGGGGAAGAUAAAAUUACGGAACUGAAAAACACAGCCAGAAGCCAACAACAGAAAACAAGCCAGGAAAAAGAAAAGGAUGAAUUUUGGGCAAAGGGAGUUGGAUAUGGGCACGUUAACAGACCAGGCUGGGAUAUAGACGCUUACCUGGCCGCCAACAGGGAAAAAGACAAUAAGAUUGAGUCAGCAUUACGAGACAUUGUGAAAGAGCUUAAGAGACUGCCAGCAUGCCAAACCACCACGGAGAUAGCUGCCACGUCGUCCGUGUACGAUGUUGCAGGGACCAGCAGUAUGGAUAUAACCCCGCCUCCUGGGAGUGGGGAUUUUAUUCAUGACAUUUACACGGUACUGGAGGGCUCGGUGCUUAUACCAUUCAUUGAGCAACAUUUGAAGGAGAAUUCUUUACUAGAGAUCAGCAGACAUGCUUCAGUCUACACUGUGAUUAUCAGUUUGAUACGAGAAAUAGCAUAUCGUAAAGAGUUACUGCCCUUGUUAUGUUGGCUGGAUGGACAGACACACUCCCUGUACCAGUAUCUUGAACAGCUGAAUGACAAGGCCAGUAUAAUGCUAAAGCAGAUCUCCAAACCAUCCAACGGUCAUCUCCCAGAGAGCACGGGCGCUGACAAUGACAUUUAUACGGAUACAGACUCGGACAUGAGUGAUGCGGAGGUACAGGACUGUAUCACGGCCAACGUGAAGUACAUGUGGCAGAAACACCAGGACAUUGCGGCAUACGUCAGACGGACCAACAGACAGCCCAUGAAGGGCCCAAGUGCUGACCCAGAUAUGGAGGAAAAACUGGCUAAGGAGAUCGGUGAACUGUUCAAACUAGUUAAAUUGUGCCUUGAGAGAGAAGAUCUGAUUGGUCGAUGCUCAUGCCCUCCAAUCAAUGGGGAUGCGGCAGCCAGUGGGGAUGCCCCUAAUAACCAUGUACAAAAGUACACCGCUGCGGAGAGCCAGUACCGGGAAACCAUGAAGCCGCUACUGUUUGAGUCAAGCACCAUCCCUGUAAGCGGGAAACACUGCCAUCACUAUGCCAAACAUCUCACUAGUCAGGCCACAUCAAAACAACAGGUGAUCCGGAUUGCCCAGGAGCUUUCAUCAUUGUCGUCUUCACUGCCACUGAAUCUGUCUUCAUCUAUAUUUGUUCGCACGGAUGAUGAAAGAAUAUCAUUGAUGCAAGCGCUAAUAACAGGGCCAGAAGGUACCCCCUACUCCAAUGGCUGUUUUGUGUUUGACAUAUUUUUUCCUGCUACCUAUCCAAUUGUUGCACCAAAAGUUAACCUUCGAACUACAGGGAAUGGCACUGUUCGUUUUAACCCAAACCUUUACAACUGUGGUAUGGUGUGUCUAUCUCUACUGGGAACAUGGCAGGGCCAAGGUGGAGAACAAUGGAAUGAAAAAACUUCCACAGUCCUACAGGUAUUGGUAUCCAUUCAAUCCUUGAUUUUGGUACCAGACCCAUAUUUCAAUGAGCCCGGCUACGAAGCUUCAAUGAAGUCUGACGAGGGCAAAAAAGCCAGCGAUGAUUAUAACAAAAGUAUACGAAUCCACUGUAUCAACCAUGCAAUGGUCAGCAUGCUGCAACACCCACCUCCCGGCUUUGAAAGUGUGAUACGCAAUCACUUCCACUUGAAGAAAGAUAGCAUACUGCAGGAGAUGCAGCAGUGGUCACGGUCCGGCGGCAAGUGUUCUCAGCUUGACUCCGCAACACACAGCCUGAAGAAAGAGCUGAAAAAGCUUACCCCACCCGCCAAGACUUCAGCUGUUUGCAGAGAGAAAAUGCAGACUUCAAACUAUUUCCAAACCCGUGCUUCAAAACAAAACAUCGAAUGGCAAGGGAAAGGAAAAAGUAAAGAUAGACACCAGAAUAGAUCCCUCAGCUAUGGAUCAUUUACACUGAAUGGUACAAUAUACAGUGUUGGCGACUAUGUGCUGGUUGCAACUGAUGUCGACAAAAACCCAUCCAAGGCACUGGUUUGUCAGAUCAAGGAUUUGUUUGACAAUGGUAAAGAAAAGUUAGCAGAGGCAAGGCGAUUCAUACAGAUAGAAUGUCUUCCAAAGCCUGCCCAGAGAGCCUUAGCUUUAAAGAAAACUAACACCAAUUCACAGGAGGUGGUGCUGAGUACAGACAAACGUGACAACAAUGUGGUGGACCUUACACAGCUUAUUGGAAAAUGUCAGGUUAUUGAAAGCAAGAACAUCCCUGUUCAGUCCCCUAGUGGUCGAAAAACCAGACAUCCUAUGUUCUACGCAGCCCAUAGUUACGAUGGUUGCAAAAUCGGUUCCCUGUUUGAUGAUGAUAAGGAAAACUGGGAGCCUAAAGACCUGCAGGGAUCUGGCCGGAAAAACAAUGUCACUAGCAAAAGUACAGCAAGUCCAUUGCAGCCGUCGGAAAAACAUGGAGUUGCUGCAGGUACUUCAAGCCCUAGAUCUCGACUUUCAACCUACCCCUGGCUAAAAUCCGAAGAUGUGACAAAAUUAAUCGAGGAUGAUCGAUUCUCUAUUAUAUCGACGACUUCGACUGACAGUGUAUCAAGCAAAGCUUCAAGUAAGAGUAGUGUUAGUAAUGGCUCGCGUAGAAGUUCAAGAAGCAAGCCAGUGAAAGACACUAGUGAAGAUGAUUUGGACCUCAUCAUUCCUAGUUCAAAAUUUGUAGUAAGAGGCACUGCCUCACCACAAAAGGAUAAUAAAUCAAAGAUUGAGAUUAAUGACAGUGUGACUAACUCUCCAAGAUCUGAAAGUCUUAGAAAGGCAGUGUUAAGAAUGAACAAAAAUGGUAACAAUGGUGGCCAAACACCUACUAAAGCUGCUGAUGUAGACGACGAUGAUAUCAUUCAAAGAGUGAAGCAGCCUCGGACAGAGCCGAGAAGGAGAAGUUUGGCUGUGUUGGAAGAGAAAAAACCUGAGCCAGCUAAGUCGGAAAGGAAAGUGAGGCGUGUACAAAGUGUGAGGUUAAAACGUGUAGGGGAGGAAUAUCAGUCAUUCAGGAAUCCAACACCGGACAGUGAAGGGAGAAGAGUGCGGUCCAGACUCUCAGACAGGUUCACAGGCUUGAAGGAGAUCGAUGAUUUGAGACAGAGCAGUCGACAGGCCUUUGCUGAGGUUACCAAUGCGACUAACACCAGAAGUUCUCCGAGGAAGAUAAGAGCAGCCAGACAAGGUGUUAGUUAUGCGGAAAGCCUCAGCGAAAUGGUGUGGGAUGAAGACUUUGAGAGAAAGCGAGGCAGCAGGAAAAGAUCAUCGGCUGCUACCCCCAAAUCGAGCAAGAGCAAGAAGAGUAAAGAACGAGAUUACAGCCCAGAUGACCCUGACUUUGAAGACGAUGAUGAAGUUUUCUCUGAAACUUCCAGCACAUCAGGCAGGGGAAGGAGAACUCCACGUUCUGUCAGUAGACGAAACUCUGCCAGGACUCCGAAGCAGAACCAUGGUACGCCCAGAGCUAGACGGUCCAUCCUUGACGCUGCAACUCCAACAGUGCCGGGCAGACAGCAGCCCCUAAUGUCACCUACCAGUGUCCUUGAAGAGGCCAGAGCCAGAUUGCAUGUGUCAGCAGUGCCCGAGACUCUGCCCUGCCGAGAGAAAGAGUUUGACGAUAUCUACACAUUUGUCGAGAGCAAAGUCAUUGAUGGAACUGGAGGAUGCAUGUACAUAUCUGGAGUUCCGGGUACCGGUAAGACGGCCACAGUGCAUGAGGUUAUCCGCUCUCUCGUGCGUGGCUAUGAGGAUGGUGAACUGCCCUCGUUCAAGUACAUCGAGAUCAAUGGCAUGAAACUGACGGAGCCGAAACAGGCAUAUGUGGAGUUACUCAAGCAACUGACCGGCCAGAAGGCCACACCAGACCACGCUGCUGACUUGCUGAACCGACGCUUCUGUGGAAGUAGCUCCCGGGAAACAGUUGUCCUGUUGGUUGAUGAGCUUGACUUACUGUGGACCCGGAAACAAGACGUGAUGUAUAACAUUUUUGACUGGCCGACCAAACAGCAUGCGCGCCUGAUAGUACUGGCUGUGGCAAACACCAUGGACCUUCCCGAGAGAAUCAUGAUGAAGCGAGUCUCCAGCAGACUGGGUCUGACAAGGAUGACGUUCCAGCCCUACACAUUCAAGCAGCUGCAAACAAUUGUGCUGUCUCGUAUGAAGGGUCUAAAAGCGUUCGACGAGGAUGCCAUUCAGCUCGCUGCCAGAAAAGUCGCCGCUCUCUCUGGAGAUGCUCGGAGAGCCCUGGACAUUUGCAGGCGUUCUACAGAGAUAGCAGAACAGGCUUCACAGCGUCAAAAGAAAGACGUCUUAGUUGGAAUGGUUCAUGUGGACAAGGCUUUACAGGAGAUGUUCUCCUCGCCGAAGAUUGUUGCAAUCAGGAAUGCCUCUGACCAGGAGAAGAUAUUUCUGCGUGCUGUUGUUGCCGAGUUCCAGAGGCUUGGAUUGGAGGAGGCUGAGUUUUCUAAGCUCUUUGACCAACACGUCUCACUGUGUAGACUGGAAGGCCUACAUCCACCAUCAACGGGAGAGUUGUCCGGAAUGUGUUCUCGUCUUGGUAGUAUUCGACUGCUGCUGGUAGAACAUGGUCGAAAUGACCUGAACAUGCGUGUGCGACUUAACGUAAGCCAGGACGACGUCAUGUAUGCGCUUCGGGAGGCCAGGGACAUGUGAUCAGGUCUUGGCGUCAGUUUGAAAAACUGUCUUCCAUGAUUGGAUUAAAAAUUGUAAAUACAUGUAAAUGGUAACAAGUGAGAAAUCAUAAAAUGAUGUCAUCAAUUUUUGCCCCAAUUUCUCGAAACUUCUUUCUUCUUUAUAAAGUCCGUUAUAAAAGAUUAAGCUAAUCUUACUAUUUUUGUUGUUCUAUAAAAUGUGUUAUAUUUUUACUUCUUAAGAAUUUUUAGAAAUUAUGUAGAAAUAAUCUGUAUGAUUAUCAGAAUAAACCAUUUUUCAUUUAUCAAAAUCCAUUUUCAGUAUGUAUUUCAACUAAUUGAAAUAAGCGACUUAAGCCUGUUAAGCUUAAGAAGUUUCGAGAAAUUGGGGCAAGAUUUACAGUUGAAAGAAAAGGGGAUGUAUAUAAGAUAAUAAAAAUGAUGUUAAUAUACAAUUCAAUACAUAAUGGCAUCUAUGCAAUUUGAUGAAAUACUGAAUCGAAUUGGAAUCACUGGGACACAGAGGAGUAAACUUCAAUUGGAAAUUAAGUCUUUGUUUCACAAAUGAGCGGUUCCUAAAUGUACCUCCAGCAUUGAACAUGAAAUAUCUUUAUUAAUCUCGUGUCUUCACAGUUAUUCCAGUACAUUUACAGAUAUUUCAGUCGAUUUACAGAUGUUCUAGUGCCUUGUACAGUUUUUUCAGUACAUAACCAGAUAUUCCAGUGUCUUGUACAUUUAGUUCAGUGCAUUAAUAGAUAUUCCAGUGCCUUGUACAGUUAUUCCGAUACAUUGUACAGUUAUUCAAAUACAUUGUACAGUUAUUCCAGUGCCUUGUACAGUUUACUUUCAAGUUUGGAUGAUCUGAAAGGAAUUGUAGUGAAAAUGUAUGAAUGUACCAAACAGUGUUCGCCAAACAGUCGUGCAAUAUGUAAAAUUUAUAGCCGCAAAUCAUUUUCGUAUCUGGCUGUCUACAUAAAUUUCUACCUAAAUUUUGAUCAAAUUUAAAAAAAUAAAAUAAAAAAAAUAUUAGAAUUUCUUCUGUUAGGAGUUCUUACACUCUAGUUUUACCAAUCAAUUUUUAUAAUGAUACAGAAUUGGGCAUUUUAUAUUGUGAAUUGUAUUUUACCUUUUAUUUAUGAAUAAAUAUCUUUGAUUUA